AUGAACCUGCUUAUUAUUGACCGUUUAGCUGCUGUCAUUAUCUUCGAACACUCUUUCUAUAUUUUCGACAAGCGGCGCUAUCUUAAGGACCAGUGGCAGUCUGCUCCCUCUUUCCAUGUCGCCCUCGAGCAGUACAUAUCAUAUUCGCAUGCAGCUGCUGUCAGGAAAGCUGUGACCGUCGCCGUCCACACCUACCAGGGACACUCGUUUACUUGGAAAGUCAAGCCAUUGUUUGGACGCUUCCGGAUGGGAAAACAAUCUAUUCGUGACUCUCAAAAGAUGGAGUUGAUCGAGACGCUUAAAAUCGCUUUAGAGCAUCGCAUGCACCUCAAUAUUAAGCAACGUGACACAACGUAG